AUGGCGCUACUGGCACUGAUGGUAGUGAUGGUACUGGCAGUGGCGUCGGCAGUAGCCAGUUCGAUUCCCCGCCCACAGUACGGGUACUCGGCAGGCUUCUUACCACACUGUCCCGGCAUCAUGAACAACUCGAGCAUCAGCGCCGGCAGCAUGCCCAAGCUGCAGGUGGUGCAUCAUCAGCUCGUCAACGGCCAGGUCACCAGGAGGUCCAUGCCGGUGCUGGCCGCUCCGAGAAUGCUGGCCAAGGAUAAGCGAGUGGAUUUCGUGAAUAAGAAGACGGUGCUCUACGCCGUGGGUUUCCUGGACAGCGCGGUGUGGCCCCACACGCAGGCCAUUGGCACUGCGUACGCUAAACGCGGAUACAACGUGUUUAUAACUGAGACCUUCAGUUUCCUCACCUACAUCUACCCCAAAUCCGUGCGUCUCACGCGAGUCAUCGGGCAGAAGAUGGGCGAGUUCUUAGUGAAGCUGAUGGAGCGAGGUCUGACGGCGGACAACCUGGAGCUGGUCGGCCUCAGCCUUGGAGCACACAUCGUCAGCUACGCCGCUAAACACUUCUAUAACGUCACGGGUACCAAGCCUUCUAGACUAACCGGACUCGAUCCUUCCGGGCCCUGCUACAAGACCAUGCCCCUCGAACACCGCCUGAACCCCUCAGACGCCGAACACAUCGACAUCCUCCACACCAACAUUGAUGGCUUCGGCACACCUGAACCCCUCGGCCAUGUAGACUACUACGCCAACGGCGGAGAGUAUCAGCCCAGCGACAUACCUUAUAUUCCUUGUCUAGUCAUCUGCAGUCACUUAAAAUCAGCUUUAUACUGGUGGCAAGCUUUGGAACAUCCCAAGAAAUUCAUAGGACAGAAAUGCGACUCGGUACAAGCAGCGAGAUAUAAUGAGUGCAAUAGUACUGAGUUGAAUGUCGUCGGAUUAGAAACUGAUUUUAGUAAGCGUGGUAUUUAUUAUUUGUCGACGUCUAAUGAGUUUCCUUAUUAUAGGGGUAAAGAAGGGUUGAGGCCUGAGAAUGAUAUUUCGACGAAUUUUUUAGAGAAAUUGAAUCAAGAGGAGCUUGUUGCCUGAACGGG